AUGCCGCGCGACGCCGCAUGUGGGUUCGACCUCCCAUCCGCGUGCGCGUGGUACGCCCUCGCGGGCGCCGUCCACGAGCUCGCCCACGUCCUCGCCGCGCUCAUCGCUCGACUCAUCUCGCGCGUCGACGGCGCGACGCCACGUCUCGCGCUCGCGACGACGUGUCUCCGCGCCGUCGUCGCGCGAUCGGUGGACGUCGAAUCAAUCGUCGGCACGCGCGCGUCGUCGACGACGCUCGCGGUGGUGCGUCUGAGUGGCUUCGCGGCGUCCGCGGCGGCGGCGGCGGCGGCGACGGCGACGCGGCGCGGGACGGCGAAGACGGAUGGACGGCGACGACGGGCGAGAACGAUCGCGCUGUGGGCGUGCGUGGUCGAUAGCGCGUGGACGGAUGUUUUGGGGUUCGGACGGUCGGGGGUGGGACGGGUGACGACGAUGCUGUGCGGGAAUUUCGGAAUCGUGCUCGUGAACGCGGCGUGGGCGAAGACGGCUGGGGGGGCGCGGGCGUUUGAUGUUUUGGAGAAGAUGGUGUACGUGACGAUGAUGCGGGGGGCGCAGAGCGGUGGGGUGGUGACGUUUAAUGAGAUGAAAUCGUCAUCGGGAGACGGCGGCGCGGUGGCGCUCAGAGGGGCGCGCUCGCGCGUGGUGAACAUGAAGCGGACGGAUCUGAGCAAACUCAUUCGCGCCAAGGCGGAACGCGAAUCUGGGGGGGCGAAAAUGGCCGCGCAGAACGUGACGCGGUUCUUUUCUGGGCACACUCGGUUCGCGACGACGUCCAAGGCGACGUUCGACGGCACGCACCCGCACCAGUGGUCGCCGCCGCAGACGUGUCGGGCGUACGGGCAAGGACAGCGCGCGCCGGGGGCGACGCCGGCGAACGUAGAAAACUUUGUCACGCACAACGGCGAUUUCGACUUUUACCAAGUCAACGGUCGAUGGAACGAACUCGGAGACAUUCAGGCGUGGUGCGCGAUCGCCACCGGUUUCGAGGCGCCGAGUGCGGUGGAUUCGGCGGCGAUUUGCGGCGUGGUCGAUUUGCUCCGAGCGCAGGGGUGCUUCGCGCUCGCGGUGAGAUACGCCGUCUGCCUCGGAUUAAAGACGAGCGAGUGCGAUGCCAACGCGACGCUCCCUUCGUUACCUCAAUACGAGGAGAUUGGGUUGUUUUUCGAGCGCGUUCUCGACAAGAUGCUAGCUAGUGGGAAAUCCACCGUUCGCGAACUCGGCUUCCAAACGAAUACGCGCGAGCUCAUGACGGAUGAGAUCACUGCGAUCCUAGAGAAUGAAGGACGGACAGCGAUGUCGAUCUUGAAGCGUACAAUCGAUGACGAAAUGGGGGCGAGCUUGCGGCAGUUCGUGCGCGUCACCAUUGACGCAUUCUUCGAUAACGACAGCCUCUUCGUGACGGCGACGUUUUUGGCAAAUGCAAAGGGUUCGUUCGGUUUGUGCAUCACCAACUCGAUGGACGCCCACCGCCAGCUGUGCGUCGCGGCACGAGGCCAGACCAUGAGCAUAGCGUUCUAUCCUAAAAAAGGCUUGAUCUGUUACGGCUCUGAGCAGGCCGCUGUGAAGGCUGGAUUAUCCAUUCCCACUCCCGGCGGCGACGUCCUGGCGAGCGUGCGCGGAGGAGAAUACGGCGAUGAUAACGCCGCUGUGCGCUUGGACCUGGAUGAUUUGAAUGGUGAGAUCUGUCUGUUGGAUUGGGGAAACGACAGAACACCCGCGGUCUCUCUACCAUACUCGCACUUGGAGCAAUAUCCGCUCAUGGGAGGAACGGUCACCGCCGUCCUCGCCACGGAGAGCACGAGUUUGCCUUCGACUGGUUUUAGCAAGGGUCGAGUUGAGAGACACUCGAGCGUGAGCGUGGAUAAAAGGUUGUUCCAUCGCAUGACUCGGCUCGAAGGGAACGAACUCAUCAAACCUCUGCUCCCGGACAGCGAAGACCUCGUGUUGGACGACAUUAGGGACAUUCCACGCGUGUUGCGCAAUAUUCAGGCCGACUGGCGAAACCGCCCGCAAGGGUCAGUGAGCCUGAAUCGUCUCACUGCGUGGAACUUAGCGCGGUGUUUGAAGAAACGACUGCAGCGACGCAUCGAUGGGACCGUUAAGGAGCCUCUGUCGUACGAUAUCGUCGUCACGGGUUGCGAAGUUUCCUUGUGGUUGGCGGAGCAGUUCGCGGCCGACUUGACGAACGCCUUCCCCGCGUUGACCAUCAAGGCGGUGAGCUCAAACAAAAUUCUCGGUCUGUUCGGUCAAGACCUGCCAGUUCCGACCAUUGGGUUCCCAGAUUCGAAAAAGAACGACGACUUUACCGACUCGAUCGUAAUCGUCGUCAGUCACUCUGGCGGGACCUUUGCACCACUCGCGUCGUCGAAUCUCAUCAUCAGCUCUACGAAGUCCAUUUUCGUCGUCGCAAGCGAGUGGGACACGCAAAUUGGCAAACAGCUUCGAGCGAUCAAGUCGGAAGAACUCUUCGCGAGCCGAAUUUUCAGCACGGAUGUGGGUGUGAGACCAGCGGAGCCGUGCUCUGUUUCCGUUGCGGCGACACAACAAUUGCUGACGCAGAUUUUCAUGCACAUGUCGCUCGUUAUUCUCGAUAACGCCGAUUUUCGAAAGUACACGCGGGCGGUGAUCACGAAACACGAUUUGUCCGAACUCGAGAAGUGCAAUCAACUGAACAUCGCCGCUCUCGAGGAGAUUGUGGGUACGACUGCCGAGGGCGAACGCAUUUCGUCUGACACAGAAAGUGCUCUUCGUAGCCAGGGCGACGUGUGGUCUGAGCACGUCUUGGAGGGUGUAAAGGGAUGGAUAAUGUCGUUCAUGUACAUCGUAGGUACCGUCACGGCAGGAUAUCCGCUCAUCACCGGCAUCGCCACGGGAUGUGGACUCGUCGCGACGUGGGCCUUCUACGUCACGCGAUUUUUCGAUUCGCUGAUUUACGUCUUCCUCCCUCAGAUCUGCAUAACUCUACAACGGUUGGUACAAGGACGGGAUUUGAGGCAUCGAAUGGUCGGGCGAACUGUCGUCAUCGGGGACAUCCCUUGGGUCGCCCAAUCGGCUGAGGCGUUCUUGUCAAAGAUUUUUGCGUGCUCGUAUUCCGCCGCGGGUCUCGCCGUGAUGAGCGGGAACCCGAACGACCACCUCGUGCAUCGGCACACGCAUCGCGUCGUUCGAGGAAGUCUGCUCCUCGUCGGACGUCCAGAUGGGAGACUAUCUGCGCUCACGUCUGCCGAGGCGACGUGUUCGCUCUCCCUCAGUCAAGCGAGCAGCAUACAGAGCUUUGGCGGCACGUGCGAGUCCAUUACAAUCGGACACUCGCCGUUCAGGCUCCCGCUCUCGAAGAACGCCAUUUAUCUCAAGCGACAUCGCCCGCUGUAUCUGUGCGAAAAGCUCGUACUUGAGCGCGAAGGGGAGAAGGGUUUGGAUGGUAAAUCGCCAGGGGCGUUACUCGGAACGUACAAUCGCUAUCACGAAGACUCGGUGGAGCUUUCGGUGCACACACUGUCGCAUCGAAACGCCGUGGCUCUCCUCACCUCGGACCGCAUCAACGCGGACAUGAAAAGAGAUCGAGCUCGCUCGAUUUUCGACGAGAUCGACGUGAACAAAGACGGUGCGCUCUGUCUCACGGAGUUCACCACCGCGUACAAGAAGAUCGACCAGACGCUCUCAAAUGCACAAAUCGCCAAGCUCUUCCGCGACGCAGAUGUAGACGGAAGCGGCGAACUCGAUUUUGAAGAAUUCUUGGCUGUCUUGGAACUUCCCGAGAUGGAGAUGCUGAACAUUCUUGAGGCGGAUCCUCGAAACGAAGAGGGCCUACUCAUGGUCGAACCCUCGUCAGAGGCAUAUUUUGGCCAAUCGAUUCGACGACGCGCUCCCAAGCGCGUGCACACGAACACGUUGAUGGAAUCCCAAGAGCUCAGCAUGAAGCUCUACGAGUCUCGCAUCGCCUCUCUUCAGCGCUUCGUGAGCAUGACGGUGAUGUUCCACCAGAUGGGCGAUCGCGUCCAACAGUUCUGGCCCGCGGUCUCCCUGGGAUACCUUGGGUACAGAAUGGACCGCACGCACUCCAUCAUGCGCAUCGCCACGACGGCUUCACCCGUGAGCGGCGCCGAGGUGCGCGACCGUAGAAACUUCAUCGCCCUCACCACCGCCUUCAACAACGCCGUGGUCGCGAUUCAGCGCGCCGUGCGAGAGUUUAGUACCGGUGUUCACCUUGAGCGCAAGCGUGCGCUCCGCCGACAAGGAUCACUCGGCUCGCAUCCCUCGAAGGAGUACGUGGAUUCGUCUCCGUGA